AUGGACCCAUAUGUUAUACUAGAACAAUAUUGCCCUGGGAAUUAUAACAGGUUUAGAAAAAUAUCCCACAUAUCGUUGGACAAACACCUGAAUUUUUAUUCGUAUGACCAAAUCAUUUUUCGUGAAAACUCAGAAUGCAAAACAUGCCAUAUGUUAAAACCUGCAAGAAGUAAACAUUGUAAAUAUUGUUUGUCAUGUAUAUCUCGCUACGACCACCACUGCUUUUUGUUAAACAACUGUAUCGGCGGAUACAACCAUAUUUAUUACUUGGUUUUUAUAUAUACAAACAUCAUAAUUACCUUUCAUUCUAACUAUAUAACAUCUCGCUGUCUGUAUAAUAUCAUUAAAUAUGAAAAUCUUCUAAAAGCUACAUUUAUAAACCAAGUGAGCAAAGAUGAAUUGCCGAAUUCGUAUUUAACUAUUGCUUUGUACCUAUUUUCCAAAUACAGUCCCACGUUCUCCCUAUUUAUGAUAUCUCUACUUUGCUUACCCCUUUUAAUCUUACUUUUUUUGCGUGAUAUCUUUUCCAAUUUUUGCCUGAACAUAACGAACAAUGAAAAGACAAAGUAUAAUAAUUUAAAAGGUAAUAGUCCCGUGAACAGACAAUUUUACAACAAAGGUUUCAUAAGGAACGUGCAAGACGUGUUCUUUUACAAAAAAAAUGUGGAAAAUUUUUUUAAAAAAAAUUCAUAA